AGGCCCGGAGAGUAGCCUUUUUCAGGUCCAUAGAAAGACCUCCCUGCCCAGUCACUGUGGAUUCAUUCCUGGGUUGAGGCUCUCACCUCGCCCCUCCUAAAAGAGGAACUUCUGCUUGGGUGACUGAACUCUGCUCCUGAUCUAGAGUCAUGGCCAUGGCAUCCAAAGGAGGCACCAUCAAAGCUGCUUCCAGAUUCAGUGCCACAGAAGAUGCCCAGACCCUGAGGAAGGCCAUGAAGGGGCUCGGCACCGACGAAGAUGCUAUCAUCAGCGUCCUCGCCUACCGCAGCACGGCCCAGCGCCAGGAAAUCAGGAUGGCCUACAAGUCCACCAUCGGCAGGGACCUGAUAGACGACUUGAAGUCAGAACUGAGUGGCAACUUUGAGCGGGUGAUCAUGGGGAUGAUGACGCCCACUGUGCUGUACGACGUGCAGGAGCUGCGAAGGGCCAUGAAGGGAGCUGGCACGGAUGAGGGCUGCCUGAUUGAGAUCCUGGCCUCCCGGACACCUGAGGAGAUCAGACGCAUAAACCAGACCUACCAGCUUCAAUAUGGGCGGAGCCUUGAAGAUGACAUUCGCUCUGACACUUCCUUCAUGUUCCAGAGGGUGCUGGUGUCUCUGUCCGCUGGUGGCAGGGAUGAAGGAAAUUAUCUGGAUGAUGCUCUCGUGAGACAGGAUGCUCAGGACCUGUAUGAGGCUGGAGAGAAGAAAUGGGGGACAGAUGAGGUGAAAUUUCUAACUGUUCUCUGUUCCCGGAACCGAAAUCAUCUGUUGCACGUGUUUGAUGAAUACAAAAGGAUAUCACAGAAGGACAUUGAGCAGAGUAUUAAAUCUGAAACAUCUGGUAGCUUUGAAGAUGCUCUGCUGGCCAUAGUAAAGUGCAUGAGGAACAAAUCGGCAUAUUUUGCUGAAAGGCUUUAUAAAUCUAUGAAGGGCUUGGGCACUGACGAUGACACCCUUAUCAGAGUUAUGGUUUCUCGAGCAGAGAUUGAUAUGAUGGACAUCCGGGAAAACUUCAAGAGGCUCUAUGGAAAGUCUCUGUAUUCCUUCAUCAAGGGUGAUACUUCUGGAGACUACAGGAAGGUACUGCUCAUUCUCUGUGGAGGAGAUGAUUAAAAUAAAAUCCAGGAAGGAUAGGAGGAUUCCCAACAUUUUGAAUUUUUUUUUCACCUCAUUUUUCUACACUGCUAUUAGCAUUAUCUCAGAAUACUUAUUUCCAAUUAAAACGCCUACAGAUUCUUCUUAGGAUAUAGACUGUAUUAUUAUUCAUCUAUAAUUACUCAUGAUGCUUUAAAGCUGUACUUGCAUUUCAAAGCCUAUAAAACUUAAAAGGAGAUUUUAAAUUAGAAAUAAAAAUGUACUCCAUGUUUUUAACACAUUUCUUCCUUGUUUGUGUUUCACAGAAAUUAGAAUGUAUUUAAUUUAUUUCAUGGCUUGGGUGAAAAACUAUUAAAGCAGAAGACUGAAAGACUGUUGUAAAAUCACUUUGCUUCCCUAAUUCUAUUUUCAAAGUGGCUAGUAAUUUCUUGAUUUGAAAUUUGAGCAUGUAGUUCAUAAGAAUAUCAGUCCAAUUUGCUAUUUUACAUGGUCACACUUUGAAAACAUCCACUAAUCUCCUUUGUUAGAGGUUGUCUAUACUGUUAGUUGAACUCUACAAAAAUUUGCAUGGGAGACUUUCUUCUUCACAUCUUAUAUUAAGAUUACUUACUCUCUCCAGAUUGAAGUGUACCAAAUUCACCAACUCAUCUGAGCAAAUUAAAUUCUAAGUGUGGUUAUACAGGUCAUAUAUGUCUGGUUAGCAAACAUAAAUGCUGAACAUUCCAUAAUAUUAUGGUUAAUGUCUUAAUCCAGCCAGAAGAUGAAUGAAGAAAAAAUUAAGUGUCCAACUAGGUAUUCUUCUGGUGAUGGUGUAAUGUUCUGAAUUUGCUUUUACUUACAGGAAUUUUUUUGUGCUAAAAGUAAUUUUUUAAAUAUUUUUCAAUUUUGUUGAUUUGUAGUAAUUUACAUUUGCACUGUGCCUUUCAACUCUAGAAUUAUUCUGAAGUUGUACUUGAUUUUAUCCAAAAGUUCAGUUUGUAUACAACAUGGAAAAAUAAUUUCAAUAAAAUAUGGUGUCUUUAAAAUGUC